UCUGAUUUGGUGGGAUUGGUGGAAUUUGUUCUCAUAUGUCAUAUCCCAGCUCAGAUAUGCCAAAUGUCAUUGUGCCCAAGCUGAGAGAAGUCUGGCUACAUUGUGACUGGCAGGAGCUUUGGCCAAUCAGGAGGGAGAGAGUGAGAGUGUAAGCAAAACAAAUGAGAGAGUAAUGAGAGAGUGAGUUAGAGGGUCUAAUGUUAUACCAUAAGCGCUAAAAUGAUCCGAGACUAAUUGAGUUUUGGCUUUUCUUCCUGGCCUGUUAUUUAACAAAGGAAAACAUAUAAUCAUUGAUAUGAUGCAGUUCUCUGUUAGGAAACAUUUAUGUAACAUUUAUGGAAGGAGUCUCGAGUGUCAGCACUUUGUAACAGUUCAUAAGAGAGUUUUCAGUACAGAGGAGUUUACUCCAAACCUUGUCAAGCCACUUUUUUGUCUUAUUAACUUCAACAGAGAGAAUUCAAGAGAGGUUGGUGAGGGAACCCAUGUUCACAGCUGCUAUAUCAUAAGCGAUGAGAGGACCUAGCUCGUCUUGGGACAUUCCGCAACAUUAAAUGAUGGCUGAACCACCCCAGUCAUGUGACUGUUUUGUAUCUCUGCCACCCGGUUCUAAAUUCGACCAUGUGAUAUUUGGUAAGAAUUCGGAUCGACCAAGGGAUGAGGUGCAGGAAGUGGUUUACUACCCUGCUGUCUCCCACGGCCCUGGUGCCACAGUGGAGUGCACAUACAUCUCAAUCCCUCAAGUGGAGCAGACGCAUGCGGUAGUGCUGAGCAGACCCGCCUGGCUGUGGGGGGCUGAGAUGGGAGCCAACGAACACGGCGUGUGUAUUGGGAAUGAGGCCGUGUGGACCCGUGAACCUGUAAAUCAGGAGGAUGCGCUGCUCGGUAUGGACCUGGUUCGUUUGGCUCUGGAGCGUGGUGACAGUGCGUGGGCUGCUCUGUGUGUGAUCACGGAGCUGCUACAACAGUAUGGUCAGGGUGGAGCAUGCAGAGAGGAUCCUGAACACUUCAGCUACCAGAAUACCUUCCUGCUGGCUGAUCGCCAAGAAGCCUGGGUCCUCGAGACUGCUGGGAAACUCUGGGCUGCUCAGAAAAUCACAGAGGGAGUGAAGAACAUCUCCAACCAGCUGACGAUAGGCACGGUGAUCUCUGCGGAGCAUCCGGAGCUGCGCAGUAGCGCUCAGUCUCAGGGCUGGUGGAACGGAGAGGAUGAGUUUAGCUUCACGGCAGCGUUUAGCCCAGACGACCCCCCUGCUAGAAUGGAACUGGCCAAGCAGCGUUAUAAAGGCGGCACGGCACUGCUUCAGGAACACAAUGGCUCUGUAACGGCAGAGGUGAUGAUGAGCAUCCUGAGGGACAAGCCCAGCGGCAUCUGCAUGGAUUCAGCAGGUUUCCGCACCACAGGCAGCAUGGUUUCCAUCCUCCCACGAGAUCCCAGCAUGCCCUGCAUUCACUUCUUCACUGCCACCCCAGAUCCCUCCAGGUCUGUUUUCAAGCCGUUCAUCUUCUCGGAGAGCAUUCGCCCCGUUACUAUGGUGAUGUCUCCACAGUAUGGUUCAGAUGAUCCUGUGAAGACUCUGCCUCGAUUCCAGCGUCAGGUGGACAGGAAGCACGAGCUUUACCGUGCUCACCAGGCUGCUGUGGAGGCAAAUCCGGAUGGAGUGUCUCUACAGGAGACUAUGCGCUUCUUAGAGUCCCAGUGUCUGCAGGAGAUUGAAGCCAUGCUCAGGGGGGAGGUGGAGGGCCAGGAGCUCGGCGAUCUCUUCUUCGACUGCGUGGACACAGAGAUAAAGUUCUACCAGUGAGGCAGAGCAGUUGUCGUGUGAAUGUCGCUAGUGCUUGCUGAUCUGCUCCGGAGAGGGACGGGACCAGCCUGUCUGCUCCGAUACACCUCACUUAGCUCUCCCGAAGCAAUGCAACACAUCGUGAUGUCUGUUAACAUGCCACUACAUUAAGUGUAACUGUAUAAAACAGGUACUAGAUGUUCAUGCCCCAUAAUCAUGUGUAAUUGUCGCACCAGGCGGUCAUGUACUAUACGCACCACAUUAAUGAGUAAGUGAUGGAUUACUAAGGUGUGUGUGUAGAGAAUAGAGUAUGUGAGAAAAGAAUAGCGGAGACGUACUCUGAUCAUUUCUGUGCACGUUCACGAGGAGUCGGCUGCCUGGCUGGUCCUCAGAGGAGAAUGUGAAUAAAGAUAACAACUUUACACUGGA